AUGUCCAGUGCCUCGCAGAGGGCCAGGUCUGAGCCGCGGGCCAAGGGCGGCGGCGGCAAGGGCAAGAGCAAAGGAGUUGGCAGGGCAGGCAAGACCAACGCGAGCGGAGCCAACCCCCUGGACUACGUCCGCUGUGCGAACUGCUCGUACAAGUGGAACUUCAAGGCCAGGGUGGAGCGCUACAACUGCAAGAAGCCGCUCAAGCCUGCCGCAGUGGACAAGCCUCCGCAGCUACGGGCAUCGGCGUGGUCAUUCGUGCGCGAGCCGUGGGUGCGGCACUCUGACGACUGGUUCGGGUACGAGGCACCGCCACCGCAGCCCGCCCCGCCGUCGGAUGCAGAGUGCCUCGCGGCGUUGGCGGCCAGGCAUCCCGAGCACGGCCAGCAGCUCGAGGCCAUCAAGAUGGCAGUCGCACCACCGCCCGUUGCGGCCACGGUGUUGCCAGAUGUGGCCCUCAACCGCGCCCAGGCCAAGCAGCGGCGGGCUCAAGCCGCCUUCCUCUCCAAGUCCCAGCAGGUCCACGACGCCGAGCAGUGGCUCCAGGCCUGCCGCGAGGAGGAGGUGCGUGCUGGUGAGCUCGUCCUGGCGUGCAACGUGGAGGUGGAGGAGGCCUACAAGGCAGCAGCGCCCAAGGGCGUCCAGGUGCAGGCGCAGGAGGCGCAGGGGCCUGGCGCCAAGACUCAGCCUGCCGCGGGCCUCAACGUCACGGCGCUUUUGGCGGAAGACUUCCAGGUCGAGGCAGGCGACGCCUUCAGGCUGGACGACCCCGACCUGGACAUCACCGACACGGAGCGCGAGGAGUUCAACAAGUCCCUGGAAGGCUUCGUCGAGCAAGUCAAGCAGCACGUGCGCACCACCUUCGGUGAGGCCAAGACGCAGCUGGAGCAGAGGCGCAGCGAGAUCGACGCCAAGCACCAGCAGCUGCUGGCCAGGCCCCCACCCCUGGGCAGCCUGAGGCCCCUGCUCGGCCUCCUGUUGCUCACCCUCCAGAGCCACCCAGCCUCCGCGGCCCCGAUGGCGCAGCCAGGUUGGCUCAGCUCAGGCGGGACUUGGAAGCAGCAGCCGCCGUUCCAGCUGGGGACGCAGAUGCGUAAGGCCCAGUCCUGGGGACCUGAUGCGCCGCCAGAGGCCAAGCCACGAGAGCCCAGACUCGUCCGCCUGGGCAGGCGGGAGCGGGCCAUCCUGGCCACGCGUAUGCGCCGCAUGGCUCGGCACUGGCGCCCUGCCCCGUCGCUGGGGACCACGGCUCAGGACCGCAGGCACUGGGGCUCCUACUGCGUGCCGUACAUCUUCCACCAGCUGGGCUCUGGGGAGUACACAGCCAUGCUGGACGACCUGGCAGCCACCACGGGCAGCGGGUCCCGAAUUGCCGAGCGCAUGAGGAUUGCACGGGAGUUGGGUGACGAAGCCUGGAACCGUGGAGGGGAUGCCAGGCGCCUCCAGCGGCAGUGGUUGGAGCAUCUGCAAGUGGCUAAUCAGGAUGCUUUCGAGCGUGAGGCGGCUCAGCAGGACCGCACCCAGUCAGCCGCGGAGCGGUGGUUCGACCGCCAGUCCCAGGCGACGUCGGGAACGCAGGCCCCCACCGUCUACUUCGACGGCCGCAUCCACUGCUGGAGGUUGUGCGCCGCGAAGGUGCUGGAGGCCGACCUCGGCCCAUCCACCUCGACUGGGUCCUCGGAGGAGCCGCUGUGUUGCUCUGCCUCGCCCGUUGAAUGCACCGAGCCCACUCCCACCCCAGCCGCGUGCAACCUCACGGGCGGGGACGUCAGUGUCGGCAGUGUUGGCGGCCAGUCCACCUGCAGCGGGACGUCGGCAAAGCCCCAGUGCGACGUCGCCAAGUAUCGACCCUCAGCAGCAGGAGCCCGCAGAGGCAAGCGUCGACAGCGGAGCCACAGGCGCUUCACCUUCCACAGCGUCAAUGCCAGCCUCAGCUGGGGCAACGUUGUGGGCUACCUCCACGGCGCGGCACACCAGCAGCUCACCGAGGGCAAGAUUCCGAUCAUCGGUUUCCAGGAGCACGGCAAGCGGCGUUUAUGGGCCGAAGAGAGCGCACGGGCCCUGCUGCCCUUGGGCUGGAGGGCCCUGCCCACGCCAGCGACGGACGGCCCGAAUGGAGGGGCCUCGGCGGGCGUCUUGCUGGCGAUACCUGCCUGCGUCGGCGUCACUCUUGCAUCUGGACAGCGACACUGGGACAUAUCUCCCCCAGGUUGCGCAGGCAGGCUCCUGAUGGCCACACUCGAGGCCAAGGGCAUCGGCAAGUUACUGGUUUUCUGUGCGAAUUGCUUCACUGGUCAGAAGUUGGCGUCUGUGGGCAAUUCAGCUCUCCUGUCAGUUAUCACGGGGUGGGCAGUCCAGCUCCAGCUGCUGAUCGUCAUCGCGGACUGGGAGAAUCUACCUGACGCUUUGGAGCGUUCGCCGUGGAACAACCAGCUCAGAGGCCGCGUCGUAGCGUGGCAAGGGGAAGGGGGCACCAACCGCUCCCCGCACGGUGAGCGCGUGAUCGAUUAUUUCUGGAUGCGCUCCAGUUUGGCUGCCAAUAUUUCCCCAGCCCGCAUUGACGACGACGCGGUCUACCACCCUCAUAGAGCCACAUGGGUCGAGUUUCAGCAGCCUUGGUCGGCCUUUACCUACACCAAGCUCAUCCGACCCCACAAGUUCCCGAUCCCAGGAGUCAAGCCGAGGCACUUCGAUCUCUCGUGCCCAGACGUGCCUGCAGGUUUCGACCCCGAUGCGGUGCCUACCCAGGAGCUCCUGGACGACACCUGGGAGGCUUUCUGCCACGCCGCCGAGGAGGAGCUGAUCCAGAAGGUGGGUUUGGACCCCAGCAGUCGGCAAGCCGAUCAAUGCCGAGGGCGUGGGGGACCACCGCGCUUCAGGAAGUGCCCGUUGCUCCCGACCCACACCGAGGCCAUCGCUUCGUACGGGGAGGCCAAGCGUUGGAGGUGGUUUGCCAACGAGUUGGCUUGGCUGGGCACCAUUGAAGUACAACUUUUCAGCUACACGGGCGCUUCCGACCUGGUCCUCACCACGUUGCACCAGCAGCGGCACGCCUCCAUCCGCAAGUUGCGUGACCGCUUCAGGCACCACAUGCUGUUAGAAGGCGUGGCUGAGCUGCAGGAGUUCUUCGAGGUUUUCACGUCUCGGGACCGCGGCUAUGAAGACUUGCAGGAGCUCUCGGCUUGGCGCCUCAGCUGCAGUCAGUAUGCCUCGUACUUGGAGUGGCAGAUCGGCAAGGAACGGCGAGAUUCCUUCAAGCAGCGGUUGGAGGACGACUUCCCAGGCUCGCAGGGGCUACUCCACAGGGUCACCAAGUGGCGCCAGGCUUGGCAGGCUCCCAAGGGCAGCAUCUCCAAGAAGCUGCUCCCAGCGGCGCCUCAGGCCGCCGUGGGCCAGGAGUUGCACGACUGGUCGAAGGCGUGGCAGCUGCCCACCAUCAGGAGCUGGUUGGCGGCGCACCCCAGGAGCUACGACUACACGGCGGCGGGCCAAUCAUCGGAGCGUGCGCUGUGGAAAGCUUUGUUGGACGACGAGCUCGUGUUGGGCACAGGCAUACGUGCGGCCACGAUGCUGGCGGACCUCGCCAAGUGUUAUGAGAAGGUUCCGCAUGAGCGUAUGUGGUGGCUAGCAGCUUGGUGGGACGGCCCGCUGGAGGUGGUCGCGCUCGCCCUGGAAAGUUUCGCCUUUGGCCGUGUCAUUCGUCUCGGGGAGGCCUGCUCGGCGGAGGUCCUGUCCUCCACAGCGCUCCCAGCGGGCAGCCGUUUCGCGCCCACCUUCCUGAGGUUCUACCUCACGCUGUGCUUAGACGACCUGCUGGGGGUUUUCCGCCUCACGAUCUACUUGUACGUUGAUGACAUCGCCCUGCGGGUCAUGUCCACCGAGGCGCGCGUCUUGCACAUGCUGCCGCAGGCCACGCGCUUGCUGUUUUGGAUGCUGGAGUCCUUCUUGGGCCUGGAGGUAGCCCGAGCGCGGGGCGGGGCGAGAGGCAAGUGCUCUUUCCUGCAAACGGCCACUCCGUCUUCAGGCUUGACGCAGGCCAUGGCCGUCCUGGGAGUACCGCCCAGCACCUCCGAGCGGUGGCUCGGCAUCGACUACGGUCCCAGCGUCAAGACAGAGAACCAGUCAGCCCCAGUCAGACACGCGCGGCUCAAGAUAGCCAAGCAGCGUUGGCCUAAGAUCCGCGGCCUUCCUCGUGCACGCGGGGGCAAGCUCAAGAUGGUCGUGCGGCAGGGCCUCGGAGCCUCGGUCGCCUACGGCGCCCGUGUCCGCGGCACGCCCAGGCCCAUCGUGCGUUUCAUCCAGCAGAAGGAUCGGGCCGUCCGCAGGGGCGCCACAGCUUUUACCUCCCGAGUCUUGCACGACGGCCUCGACCCCAGUUGCGCCGACACCCUCGUUCUGGCACCGCUGCUGGCUUGGGCGAGGGAAGCUUGGGACCACCCAGAGGGGCGGCGUGCGCAGGCCACAGCAUGGGCCCGAGUGCAGCAACAGCUCGCGCUGUACAUGGACGCCGACGCUCAGGAGUUGUGGUCAGUGGUGCGCGGCCCAGCGGGGGCCACCUCAGUCACAGUUCGAGCCCAUGGUUGGAGCAUGCCGUCAGCCUUCGGGAUUGUCUUGCCUCCACGUGGCGGGGUGCUCCAAGGAGGGGACGUCCAUCUUGAUCUACUGCAGAUUUGCCCCAAGUCGGUCGAGGCCGCCGUGCUUUUGGCCGCCCGUUCCAGAGCCCUGUGCCAGUGGGCGGCGGCUCAGCCCGAGCGGGCUGCGCCCCUGCCAGCGCCGUGGCUCACCCCAGCGAGGCAGUUGGUCAAGCGGCGCAAGCAGGACGGGUGGCUGCAACACCAUGCCGACGCGGUCAAGAAGGCGGUGUUGGGCGGUUUCCCUUCGCAGGAGGCCCUUUUCUCUUCGGGCCAGGCGGACACUCCGUGUUGCCAGCUUUGCGACGACACGACCUGUUUCGGCACCCACCAGCACUAUUACUGGCGGUGCGGCAGCCCGACGUGUGCUACGGUGAGGGAGCAGCUGACGGCCCACGACGCGUCACCUACCUUCAGAGACGUCGGCCACCUGGGCGUGUCGGCCUCCUCGUCGGAGGCCCCAAGAUGGUUGUGGGAGCGGGGUUUGCGGCGAACCCCAUGUUACGGCUUGCCUUGGAGUCUACCGUCGCAGCGCACCCAUUGGAUCGUCAAUGGCGCGGCCCCCGAGCUCACCGAUGUGCUGGUUUCGGACGGAUCAGUCAAAGGCUUGGAUGACCCCAGGCACGGCGGCUGGGCGGCUUUGCAGUGCACAGCGGAGGCCGACGACGUGGUGCAGGGCCUGCACGGCCCACUGCCCUUUCCCGACCCCAGCUCGGUCCUGGCAGAGUUGUGGGGUCUCCUCCACGCCCUCAGGCAUUCGGUCUUCAUCACGGCCAUCAUCAUUGACAAUGCUCAGGUGGUCCAAGGCUUGGCUCGUGGCAGGGCAUGGUGUUGUUCAGCGGCCAGGCCCUAUGCGCACGUCUGGCUCGAGAUCUGGGAUCGCCUGGAUGACAUGGACAUCCUUCCUGGCAGAGAGUUGUCGGUCAUCAAAGUCGCCUCGCACAUAUCGCAGGCCAAACGCCUAGAGCUGCCAGAGGAGGUCCAGAUUCACAUGAGGCACAAUGACUUAGCCGACGAAUGGGCCAAGCAAGGAGCAGACCUCAGCGCGCCGCCAGAGUGGGCCACGUUGCAGGUCAAGCAGGAGCUCAAGGCCACCAAGCGCGUGCUCGAGUACAUCGGGCACUUCAGGGUCCUCCUCGACGGGGUCAAGUUGGCGGAGCCUAGGCACCCGCGCGUUCUGGAAGUGUGCCGCGGUUAUUCCAAGUGCACCAACUGCGGCAAGGCGCCGCCGCUCGGCCUGUGCGACAGCGAGCAGACCAUGGAGAUCAGGACGGCCUCCUGGCACCAGUGGGUCUUCGAGCCCCUCUCCUCGGAUGACGACCAAGGAGGUGAUGCGGCAGGCCGCGCCGCCGAGGACGCCCAUGGCUACGACGAUACCGACGAGUUCGCGGCCCUCAGCGUGCACAGCGACCUCGAGGUGGUGGAGGCAGACGGCAAGGCCACGCAGGCCACAGGCACCCAGGCGUCAGAGCGCGAGUCGUCGCCCAAUCCCGACCUCGCCCCCAGGGCACUCCAGCCACAGGAGGAGGGAGCUCCAGCGGGAGGGGCGAGGCGGGAGGGUGUUUUGCGGAUCCGCAGUGCGGCAGCCACCUGUUCCCAGGACGUGGACGACGGUGCUACGGCUGGCGCUGGGGCAGCUCCUGUUCCCACGGUGCCGCCUGCUGCUCAACCCGCUGGCGAGCCUGGAGUUGAUCAGGGCGAGUUGGCCAGCUCCCUGGACGUGGACGGCAAGGCUGCCACCCAGGCAGCGGCCGCUGUGUGCUCCGCCCCCUUGGCGGCACACCAAGCUCGUGCUGGCCAGGGCAGCCUGAAACACGGUGGUAAGGCCCCAAGGACUGGUUCCUCAGCAUCCUCGGCGGCGGCGGCGGGCUCUGGCCAGGGCGGCCUGGCACCGCUGGCGGGGUCCCCGCCGCCCUCGGCUGGGGCUGCGGCGGCCUCGGAGCCAGAGCGGGGUGCGCGCGGGCGGGCGGCCUCUGCCCAGCCCGCCAGGAGUGGCCAGGCGCUGCCUGCGACGGCCAGAGCCGCUUCAUCGGAGCCUCGGCCACAUACGGUCGAGAUCAUUGGCAACUUCGUGGUCUGCGUCGUGUGCGGUUCCUACUACAGCUCGGUGGCCAGGAACCUCGGCGGGCCGUGCAGGCGGCUGGACCCGCGCGACCCAGGCGACAAGGAGCGCCUCAGGCGCAUUCGCCGCAUCCAGCGCGGCCAGGACCCAAAGACUGGAAGGGAUCUGAUUUGA